AUUUGAAAGCUUCAAAUUAAUAUCAAAAGUGUAUCGAAAAAAUACUAACAGUUAUUAAAGGUCACCUUAACGAACUCUCUAUAAUUUUGAUUUAAUUUUUUUGACUGACAAUAUUUCAGUGCAAAAUGUUCGCCAAUAAAGCUCCAAAAAGCAACAACUUGGUCACCAACACUCAACAGAAAUUCAGAGCACAGCUUAAGUUCAACGAGAAAUCGUUUCGCAAUGGCGGCUUUGAAUCUGCGUCUGGCCUCUUGCGAAAAUCCGGAAGUCAAUUGAAACAGACAAAACUGAGUCUUUGCCAGCAAGACAAUAAGCUAAUUUUUUCGGGAUUUGUGGAAGAGCCCUCAAAAGCCAAGUCUAAGCUUGAGUUUGGCGACGAGCCAAAUGUAAAAGUCAAAGCAGAACCGGCGACCGCGUUGUCAACCGCACCAAUGUCAAAGCCCGGUCGCAAUUUGCUAAGUCUUAUUGGACGUGUGGACUUUUGCAUUAAAAUGCAGAGAACGCAGCUGAAUUUGAAUGCGAUCUGGAAUGUCUAUGGUAAUCUGUUGCGCAUUAUUGAGGGCAAACGAGGAGAGCGCACAUUGCUGUUGCGAAACGAUGACAAGGGACCAAUUCUUCAAAGCAUCUUCUAUGACUUUGCGGGUGAAUUGGAGUCACUCUCUAAUGGCAGUUACGUCCAUGUUGUGGGUCGCUUCACAGGUGAGAAUCGAUUAAACACCUUCAGCGUGACACAGGUAAGCAUUGCAGAAUGGCAACUAAAUUUCUCACGAAUUGAGAACCUGACCUCAUACUUAUUAAUGCAAAAUAUCAUUCACAAGUAGAUUUAUUGUUGCUUUGACAUAUUUCACUUUGUACUUUCACAUAUGUUUGUAGGUUAAAUAAGUAAUAUAUUAGAAUAUAAUUUAUUAAUCUAGGUUUAAUAAUGUAUAUUAGUUACCGCAUAGAUUUCAUUUAUCUAGUUUCAGACAUUUUAAGUUAGCUUCUUUAGCUUCUAAAUUUUUCAAUUCAUUUAAGAAUAUGUACAAAUGUAUUUGGUUUCGCUUUAAGAGCAUUGCACAAUUAAUAAUAAAUAAAUAGGCGCCCUGCCUGGGACGUAUGUAUAAACAAAAAAAUGGACUGGAUUAAUAACUAAUACUGAUGUUUAACCAAGCUACAUAAACAGGACUUGCU